GUAUCAGCGGGUGGAGUCAGUGGUUCAUGUAGUGGAUCCCAUCGUGAGUACCGUACAAGAAGAUGACGCGAUGGAAGGCACUGGCUCAGUUGUCGAAACCACGUCUCAAGAGAAUGUGACUCACCGACGAAAUGUAAUCUUGGAUAGUGACCUUCAACCGGCUUCAUCGACGAGUAAUGAACCGUCACAGCCAGUAUCAGCAGACCGACGUGAACUGGAAGGUCAAGGCGAACCGGAUAAUCGUCGCCAAAAGGAUCAGCGAUUAAACUCCAGAUUUAAUAACCGACAACCAGAAAGUAUUGACAUGGAAUAUAAGACGACUGAUAUCGAUGAGCAAACGGUCGAAAUUUGUCGAUACUUUGGACUUGAGCCGGAUUCGGUUGAAGCCAAUAAAAUUGGCACAAUUCUGAGACAGUUGAGCCAAUUCCUACUUGACUCGGGUUAUGCGAGAGAGAUUAAACAAGGAGUGGAACAAGGACUUUUCCGUCGGUUAUUCAUCCACCGCGAUUCAGUACGGGACUGUUAUCUCCCUAUCAGACGGAAUGGGCUACACAGUUUGGUGGAUUUGAGUCUAUUGGAUGUGCCGCUGGAUACGACUGACCCAAUUGGGAUGACACAAUUUUAUUACACAGAUUAUCCCGAGCGACAAGAAUACGUGGCUCAGUACGUUUUACGACAUGUGAACCCAGCCUUCAAGUUGCUUGCAGCAAGAGCGUCGAUAGGACUACAGGUGGAUCCUAAGGACUAUGCCGCAAAAAGGAUGGGGCAAAAGGUCUUUGCCGCGAGACUGGCACAUUACAAGACACAGAAUCAAUUGGUGUCUAAUACUAUGAAGGACGACAUUCCACCGUUCUUCCGAGCUCAUGUCGCUAAAUUGGGACAACCGAUGGAACAUAUCAGCAUAGCGCAUACGGCUCGCAAGGCGCUGAAAAAGUGCAAGACACGAAUGGAAAAGGGCAACUUGACACAGCGCCACGCAUCCCAAGUAGAAGAAAGGAUUAAUAAGAUUAAAGAUUCUCUGGGAAGCGACUACGUCGAACCGGUGGACGGAAUCGAAACUUACAUUGAUGAAUUCUUAGUGAAGAAAAGUGACCGUCGUCCAGACCGUGCGCCUAACCAGAUGGGACGACGCGGCAUCCGAAACCAACAGCUGCGGGAUAAUCUCGCCGACGUGCAGCGUCGAUUGGCGGAAGACCCGGACAACCGCAGACUGCGACUCGAAGAGAAUGACGCACGCCAUCGACUUGAGGCGGUUAAGCGAAGUCGCCAAGGUAAAGGUCGUGGCCAGCGCGAAGUUGACCCGACAAAGGUCAUGGAAGUCGACUCGACGGAACCAGUUGACCGAACUUCCGACCGAAACCAACCGGAAAGCGCUAAGAAACGCCCGCCGAGAGAUGGCGAGGGCGAUUCAAAUGAAAUGGAAUAGUGUUGACCUUUAGGAUCACACUAUUAAAAGGACGUCUACGGCAUUUGUCGCGUUUAUAGCACAGAAUUGCCUAAAAGAAAUCAUGUGGAAUAUCUAUUGGGGUUGAAAUUGAUUCGGUCUAUAAAGCCGGCCCCAAGGGAGUAGUUACGGCAGUUAGCCGGCUCUCCUCUCUAAGCGACUCAGUGUUAUAAAUGCACAAGAGAAACAACGGUAAUCAAGCCGGAUCUCUUGAAUACGAAACGGGGCCACAAGCGGCGAAAAAGAGAAAAACAACAGGUGGAAUAUUGAUGAGGUUAACUUAAUGCGGCAAUUAGCCGGCCUCAUUAGAGUUGUUACGGUAAACUAUGCCGGCACUCUUUUCAAGCGAUUCAGUGUUAUAAUUAAAACGAGAAAAACUACGGUAAUCAAGCCGGAUUUCUCGUACUAACGUAAGCCACAAGCGGCGAACAAGAGUAAAAGAUUUAAGAUGGAAUUUUCAUGGGGUAAAACUUAAUGCGGUAACUAGCCGGCCCCAUCAGAGAUGCUACGGUAAACUUGCCGGCACUCUGGCCGCUCGAGGCAUAUUGAAGUUGGAUGUGCGACGGAAAGGUCAAACUGCAAAUUUUACCAG